AUGGUCAAUGACAUGGUCAAUGACAUGGGCAAUGACAUCGUCAAUGACAUGAGCAAUGACAUGGUCAAUGACAUGGUCAAUGCCAUGAGCAAUGACAUGGUCAAUGACAUGGUCAAUAACAUGGUCAAUGACAUGAGCAAUGACAUGGUCAAUGACAUCGUCUAUGACAUGAGCAAUGACAUGGUCAAUGACAUGGUCAAUGGCAUGGUCAAUGACAUGAGCAAUGACAUGGUCAAUGACAUCGUCAAUGACAUGAGCAAUGACAUGGUCAAUGACAUGGUCAAUGGCAUGGUCAAUGACAUGAGCAAUGACAUGAGCAAUGACAUGGUCAAUGACAUCGUUAAAGACAUGAGCAAUGACAUGGUCAAUGACAUGGUCAAUGACAUGGUCAAUGACAUGGGCAAUGACAUGAGCAAUGACAUGGUCAAUGACAUGGUCAAUGACAUGGGCAAUGACAUGGUCAAUGACAUGGGCAAUGACAUGGUCAAUGACAUGGUCAAUGACAUGGUCAAUGACAUGAGCAAUGACACGGUCAAUGACAUGGUCAAUGACAUGGUCAAUGACAUGAGCAAUGACAUUGGCAAUGACAUGGUCAAUGACAUGAGCAAUGACAUGAGCAAUGACAUGGGCAAUGACAUGGUCAAUGACAUGGUCAAUGACAUAGUCAAUGACAUGAGCAAUGACACGGUCAAUGACAUGGUCAAUGACAUGGUCAAUGACAUGAGCAAUGACAUUGGCAAUGACAUGGUCAAUGACAUGAGCAAUGACAUGAGCAAUGACAUGGGCAAUGACAUGGUCAAUGACAUGGUCAAUGACAUAGUCAAUGACAUGAGCAAUGACAUUGGCAAUGACAUGGUCAAUGACAUGAGCAAUGACAUGGGCAAUGACAUGGGCAAUGACAUGGUCAAUGACAUGAGCAAUGACAUGGUCAAUGACAUGGUCAAUGACAUGGUCAAUGACAUGGGCAAUGACAUGGGCAAUGACAUGAGCAAUGACAUGGUCAAUGACAUGGGCAAUGACAUGGUCAAUGACAUGGUCAAUGACAUGAGCAAUGACAUGAGCAAUGACAUGGGCAAUGACAUGGUCAAUGACAUGGGCAAUGACAUGGGCAAUGACAUGAACAAUGACAUGGUCAAUGACAUGAGCAAUGACAUGUUCAAUGACAUGAGCAAUGAUAUGGUCAAUGACAUGAGCAAUGACAUGGUCAAUGACAUGGUCAAUGACAUGGUCAAUGACAAGGUCCAAGAACACCACCUGUGGCACAACAUGGCCGCCGCUUGGCACUUUGCUAAAAGUGAUGGCUACUGUCAGGUAGUUAGUUAG